AUGUCCANNGUCUGGCAAUGGGAGCAGCUUCGUACCUUCAAGGUCGGCGGUAACGAGUCGGCUACCAAAUACUUUCAGAGCCAUGGUGGCUCUGCCGCUCUGGCCAGCAAGGACCCCAAGACGAAAUACACUUCCAACGCCGCCAACAAAUACAAGGAAGAGCUGACACGGAGGUGCCAGGCCGAUGCUAAGCUGUAA